UGUCAUGUUCCCAACGCAAUCUUUGCAAGGAAGCAUCAUCUUGUAAAUGAUGGAAAAUCUUUGCCCCUUGAUGUACCCAUUAAUCGGAUGCCUAUUGCUGAAUCAAAGGCCUCGGAGACCAUCACUGAGGCGGCCAGGUCAGGACGGCACUUCCGAGGACCCUUCACACCACAGCUAGGCUAUGAUGGUGGGCUAGACUACAGAUGGACAACUGGCGAGGCUAGAGCAGCAAUUCAGGUCAAGUGGGAUAUCGAUCAAGCACAUGCGAGUAGUCCGUCGCCUCAUCAAAAAGAGGAUGUAGCAUUGGCCCCAAACCUGGACCCGCACAGUCGAGCCAAAAGAAGAGGCGUUCAUCUCGGCUACAAUAAUUCGCUUGAUUGGCUAUCGGAUUACCACCAUACCCCGUCAAUUCCAUCCUCAAAUCGUGUAAGCACAGCAGUGACCUCAUCAUCUGCCUUUCAGGGUAGCCCAUCAAGUCGCCGGAGAACCAGAUGCCAAAGGCGAAAUCUAUUGCCAUUAGAAAAUGUGCAGUUUAUCUCGCUGAACAAUGUUGGGGACCACACUCCUACCUCACAUCGUCAGACGACAAUUAUACAGAUCUCACCGCCCCCACUGAGUUUACCAGCUGCCCGACGAUUGCCAUCAAUCGCGGAUGAUCUAACACAUAGCUUGACAACAAAACCGUCGUGUUUAUCAACUAGUAGCACUUUGGUGCCUGGUGGUCACAAUGGUUGCGAGUUUUGAGAACAAAGGUAACUUGUCAAAGAAUUCCCAAUAUCUUGGCUUGGUUUCAUCAUGAUUAUCCAUCUCAAAAACUGACCGUUUCAUUCGCGACCACUUGCCGCAGGAGUCAAGACGAGAUGGUGUGUUUUGAUACUUCAACAAUAGACAAAAGACGCAAAGUUAAACAAAAAUAUACGUCAAAGAUAUCAACAGAGUGUGGUCAUGGCUGCUGAGUUUGCUGUAUCAAGUUAGGGUAGUUCUGCCAACAGGUAUGACCAAAUGUUGAAGCCAUCAAAGAUUUUCUUUCACACUGGUCGACGUGCCUAUAGUGUGUUAAUAAGUAGUAAAGUUCGGUAA